AUGUUAUUCUCGAGGGGUAUUUCUCGGAUUUCUUCCAAGUUUCUGAGAAAUCGCAGCUUCUAUGGCUGCUCACAAUCUCUCGCCUCUCACCGCCUCGCAAUCCUCCCUGAUCAGGGUCACUCUUGUUCCGACUCUACACACAAGGGUUACGUUUGCAGAGGAACUUAUUCAUUGAAAUCUCCGGGUUUUGGUGGUUCUAGACAUCAUCUCUAUCACCAGAGCAGCUCUGUAGUUGAGGAGGAGCUUGACCCGUUUUCGCUUGUUGCCGAUGAGCUGUCACUUCUUAGUAAUAAAUUGAGAGCGAUGGUUGUUACCGAGGUUCCUAAGCUUGCCUCUGCAGCUGAAUACUUCUUCAAAAAGGGUGCGGAAGGAAAACACUUUCGUCCAACUAUUUUGCUGUUGAUGGCGACAGCUCUGAACGUGCGCAUACCAGAAGCGUUGGCUGCUGAAUCAGCAGCUAUGGUCCCAUCAGAAUUACGCGUAAGGCAACGGGGUAUUGCUGAAAUCACCGAAAUGAUACAUGUUGCAAGCCUUCUACACGAUGAUGUCUUGGAUGAUGCAGAUACAAGGCGUGGUGUUGGUUCCUUAAAUUUUGUAAUGGGUAACAAGGUAUCCGUAUUAGGAGGAGACUUUUUACUCGCUCGGGCCACACAAGCUCUUGCUGCACUAAAGAACACAGAGGUUGUAUCGUUACUUGCAACCGUUGUAGAACAUCUUGUUACCGGUGAAGUCAUGCAAAUGACUAGUACAACCGAGCAGCGACAUAGUAUGGACUACUACAUGCAGAAGACAUAUUAUAAGACGGCUUCACUGAUCUCAAAUAGCUGCAAAGCGAUUGCCUUACUCGCUGGACAAACAGCAGAAGUUGCCAUGUUAGCUUUUGAGUACGGGAAGAACCUGGGUUUAGCAUUCCAAUUGAUAGACGACGUUCUUGAUUUCACGGGCACAUCUGCGUCUCUCGGAAAGGGAUCCUUAUCAGAUAUCCGCCAUGGAAUCAUAACAGCUCCAAUCCUUUUUGCCAUGGAGGAGUUUCCUCAACUACGCAAAGUUAUUGAUCAACUUGAAGAUGAUCCAACGAACGUUACCAUUGCUUUAGAGUAUCUUGGGAAGAGCAAGGGAAUACAAAGAACAAAAGAGUUAGCUAUGGAACAUGCGAAUCUCGCAGCAGCAGCAAUUGGGUCUCUACCUGAAACAGACGAUGAAGAUGUCAAAAGAUCGAGGCGAGCACUUAUUGACUUGACCCAUAGAGUCAUCACCAGAAACAAGUGA